CUUUCGUUCCGUCCUUCUUUCUACCGCUCGUUUCACUCUCACCGAGAUCGACAACUCCUGGACUUCGAUUCUUCAUGAUUUUUCAUCGUGUCAGUUAGAACUUUCCUCGAGUUGAACUGUACUCGGCGUGACCCUCGAUUCUAUCAGUAUGUAACGUGCGUACUGUGCUCGUGCUACGAGGAAUCGAAUCGAACGAGUGGACAGACCAACGUACGAACCAACCGCGAUCGAUCGGAGAGCGAGAGUGACAGAGUGACUUGAAGAGUGUGACGCGGAACAGGCGUCGAGAGAGGAAGCAUGUACCGUGGGCAUCGCGGAACGACGUUACACGCGUGGCCGCCGAGAAGAUAGCGACCCUGUCCUCGUGUAGGUAGCUCGAACGCUUUAUCCGAGUGUGUGGUGUAUUCUAACACGAUCCAACUUUAAGAGAAAACGCGCUUUGAAGAAGAAAACGCUGGCUCGCGUGCGAGUGGUUAACGCUGGUAUCUCGGUGCGCGGUACGCGUACGAGUGAACUCGAGAAGAGAACAGCGAGACGAUAUGCGUCGCGUGUGCGUGUAUCGCUCGCCGGAUCGCGACGAUUACUCGCGUGCUCGCUCGACGUGUGUGCGCGCCUUCGAUCGGCCUACCAGAGGCGGAAGAAACGCAAUGGCCACCGAGAAACGUUCUCACGGCGAUCAGAACCGAACCAGUAGAAUUUCUUCGAUCGUAAUGGGAAAUCACCUACGCUUCGUUGCUAUGUGUCCCUGCGCGGCUACUGUGUCUUCCACAGUGCUAUACAGACACCGCUAUAUAUUUAUAAAUGCCUGUGUGUCGUCGUAUGUAUGCCUGUACGCAUGGAGGAGUUGCACGCGCGCGCGCCGACGCCAAGACCCGCUCGCCGUCCUUGAACAGAAGAUACAUAACUAGAAACUUGUUAUAAGAAAUCAAAGCGCAGUGGAAUGAAACAUCGUUCAUUACGUAUAACAUUGUAUCUCUCUCAAUUACGUUAACCGAUGAGAUUGCAUUACGAAGCGUUUUCGUAGGUACACGAAGAUAGAAAGCGGCUUUGGGGAGCAAGAUGUUUUAGUCGGCAGCGUUGCAGCUGAAUAUAUACAAGGUAGGCGAAGGUUUAUUGUUCCAAGGAUAGGGGGUGACCGGCGAGGAGCGAGAAGAUGGAGGGUAGCGGUGCAGGAAUUAGCAGGCUCGACUGCUACGAAGAUAUGUUUAAGGAAAUAACCAGAAAAUUGUAUGGUGAAGAUCCUGAUCAUAGAACUUCGAGCGUUCAGAACGAGUUCGAAACUUCUGUAUCGUACAAAACCGAAGAGGAUACCGGAAACGGGACAGAUAGUGAUGAUGGAAACUGGACCUGCGAAGAGGAGCCUUUGAAAGGCACCGAUGGAAGUCGUAUUGCUGCUUAUCACGCUGGAAAAGCGACGUGGAGGUGCUACGAAUGCGGUGAUUUGAUGGGAGGUGGACCACGGGAUAUAGCUGAACACUUCAUGGAACUUCACUCGUCAAGGAUUCUUGGAGACGAUAGCAGAAACAGGCAUCAUUCGCCUUCGAAGGAUUAUCUACAGUCCGAAGAAUUAAAAGUGGAGGAUGUGAUUUCCUACCUGGAAAGGCUGCGUGAACGAGUAGAACGUGUGGCACCACCAUCCAGGAGAACUCAGGAAACGCAAACAGUGCCUGCAGCACUCUUGCCUGUCACCUCCACCUUUCUGUUACAAGAAUUACCAUCAGCUCCUGCACCACAACAUUUGCACCAGAACACCACCACGAUGUCUUCAGUGACAGUGACACCGAGCGUGAAGCGGUAUAGCUGUCCAUAUUGUCCUUAUGGAACGGAUCGCCGCGAUCUGUACACACGACACGAAAAUAUCCACCGGGAGGAAAAACCGUUUCAUUGCUAUAUCUGCUACAAACCGUUCAACCGCGCGGAUCAUGUGAAAAAGCAUUUCUUAAGAAUGCAUCGCGAGCACGGUUACGAGUUAUCAAGGAUACGCAGACCAGCUGGAUCCAGUCCACCAAAGCCUCUUCAACAAGAAGCAGGAAACGCGAAUACUGGAAAUGUGAAUACGAAUGGCCAACCGCAGCAACAACACACAAAUUACUCGUCAGGAUUUAAUAAUAACAAAAAUUACCAGUUGCAGCCGAAUGCUGGCAAUAAUACAGCUACUAACGCGGGGGGAAUUUAUCAAGGAACAUCGAUGCCUGCUCCGGGUAUUAUGCAACCUGAUGCAGCGAACUGCGCCACUGGAAGAAGGGUGCAGAAUGGUGGAUGUAACAGCAAGAGCCAUCUUAAGGGAAGCUCUAAAGGUGCUCAGGAACGAAGGUACACUUGCUGCUACUGUUCCUGGAGCGGUGUGGACAACUGGUGUUUGAAACGGCAUCUAAACACACAUUUGAAGCCGUUUGCAUGCACCCUUUGCGAGUACAAAGCGGCGCGUGCAGAACGCCUAGCCACUCACGUACUCAAGGUGCACAACAGACGGCAAUGCUCAAGGUGCUCGUUUCUUGGCGAAGAUGCGGCCCAAUUACAGAUGCAUCAGCUGCAUGUGCAUCGAGUCAGCAGUGCUAACGCACCCGCGACCUCUACUACUCAAGCUACACCACCGCCUACUAAUCGCCAUCAACAACCUUUGCAUCCCGCAGGAGGAGGACGACCACCACCUGGUCCACCAGUUUUUCCAGCUCCAGCUCCAGCCAUCGCACCUGCUACUACUGUGAUACCACCGACAACGAUACUCGGCCACGAGAUGGUAAACUCCCCUGCAACUGCAGCGACAAUGGCGUACCCGACCUUGGAGGAGGAGAGGCGGUCGAGCUGGCACGAGCACGGCCGCAACCACGACCAUCGUCGUCGCCAUCGUCAACACGACGCCAACCAGAUCGUCGAUCACCAUGAAACCGAGAUACUGAGACGCGACCUCGUUUCGUUUUACGCCGUAUACUCGUCGAACGUCGAGCAACACGACGACCGUCAUAUACACGACGAACCGUGCACCGGUUGUUCCAGUCGUGACUUUACUUCUACUUUACUUAAUCGUGAUUUUGCGCACAGCUAUCGAGCCGUUCCCGAAGCGAGCAAGGGACAGUCAGCCACGGAGCCGUCUGAGUUUCUUUGGCUAGGAAACAUCCAGAGAAAAUCGUACGAGAGGCGACCGAGGAAGCAGAGUCAGCCCAGAAAGGUGACAGGGGUCCAGGAGUUCGAUGACGAGGACACGACUUGUUCUGAGGAGGAGAGCCAGGACAAGAAGCUAGAAGAAACAACAUCCAGUCCUAUAAAGCAGUGUCCAUCCAGGGCUAUCACCUUGAUAGAUAUGAAAUCUAGGUAUCGAAAUCAAUUGAACAGAAGAAAGUUGCUCAAGUGUCGUCUAUGCCCCAAGGAUGCACUUGCUAGGGGAUCAAUUUGUUCAGCGUACCACACCAAAGUCUCUCUCAUUCUCCAUAAACUAUGGAGACACAAAAGGAACGAAAUGAUAAAAAAUUGGGUAGAUAGGAACAAUUCGUUGUCACAACUGCCCUCCAUCACGUUGAAGGCGACGGUGUUCACCAACCCUGGAUACGAAUACGACAGAUAACACUCGAUAACAAAGGCAACAUCGUACAGAUGGAUCUCGAAAUGCGAAUCUAAAAAGCUGCUUUUCGAUCAGAGGAAGUACCUUCUCCUUUUAACAAAUUAAUUUUGUAAUAAAAAUAUCUUUUUAUUAUGACAGGCGGAAAUGUUCUUGUAAGACGUUUUGUUCGGAGAACCUACAGAAAGGACUUUUUAGAAAGUUAUUACUAGGAUUUGAUUUGUUCAACUGCCAUUGUACUUAAUCGUAAUAGGAGGAUAUUAUUAUUACAAAGUUAUCGAUCUCAUGGGAGAAAAUAUGUGAUGAAAAGCGCUGGUGCCUUUCGGUAUUCAUCGCUUUAAACUUUAGCUUCCGGAUUCAGGGUAUUUGUAUCGUAUUGGUUAAGAAAUCCGUAGCCUUCGUCUUGUUUGGAGGAUAAUAUCAGAUGCUGUGAAGCGAACGUCCGUUUCUGAGAAAUUAUUGAUGUUCCUAAUCAAGACUUCGGACCACAUCUCUUGUGAAGUUUGAGGGUAUUGAUCGAUUUGAAACGAACGGUCCAUGUUUGGUCGAUGAACUACGGCGAUAGGUGCGGAAACUUUCUCAUAGCCAACGAAACAAUUUUAGAUAGAAAAGAAUUUUGUCGAGGUUGUAGGGAUAAAAUGAUAAAGGAGCCUUUCUGCUCUCGAUUAAACCUUUUUCGGACGGGACGAUGAUUCUAAGAAAUUGAAACAGCGAAACAUUUAGCACAUAAGAAGCAACUAAUCGAAAGUACCUUGAGACUCGAGUUUUUAUCCUCGUAAGCACAUUCAUCCGCAUUCGACUUUAGAUUACCCACGACGAACGUCGCGAAGACCAUAUUUUUCAGAAAAGAUAACAGAUAAAAAAAGAUGAAAAAAAAGAAAUGCAAAUUAAAACGAUAUUAAUGUUGGAUGAUCGUCCCUAAUCGAUGUCUUGUGCGUAUGUCCAUCGUCCGUCUCUGUAAUUACGUAAUUAUUUUCGUUUACUGAUCAGUCGAUUUUGCUAGCCUAAAAUAUACUUACGGUGGGUCUGUGUCUAGUCAAAAAAAAAGAAAAAAAUAGAAAAAUAUCAAAAAAAAGGCGAAAGAAAAAAAUGAUUAAGACACGCGAGUCACGAAAUUUGUGCCUAGCCGUCAGACAAGCACCAUAUUUAUAUAAGGGAUAUUUGUACAAAAACAUCUUGUUUAUGUUAUUAUAUGAAAUAUAUUAUAUCUAUCGUACUUAAACAGGGGACGUGAGGAGCCCAGACAACUGUAAACUCUCAGAGAAUAUCCACCUCAUCUGUUAUUUCUCUGAGGUUCUGCGAUUUCUGGCUUUUCAUUUCACACUCCCUUCCAUUUAAGCAUACGGACAUAAAUGGAAAAGGAUUUAAUUGUAUUUUUUUUAUAGUGAUCGAAAACCGUGUCUUUCAAUUCAUUUACUUUAAUAUUCUAAUCUUCGUUUAUGUACUAUUAUUAUUCGUUUUUCUAAUUGGCAACAAUUUCGUACUAAAUUAAUUGCUGCAAUACGAUGAUUGAAAUACUAGCAGAUUCGAGAGAUGUUCUGCGCGAAAUUAUUUCCAUUGCAAAGAUUAUAAUCGUAUGUGAAGUGAAAUAAAAUAUGUUGAAGUCA